AUGAGUACAGAGUUGCGUACUGCUGUUUUCUUUAUUUAUAAACAGUUUUUGGCAGAGAAACCAAGACUCAUUUCUACCUUCUAUGUAUAUGAACAAAAUGCCACAUUUCACAGUGAAUUCAAGAGUGAUCCACGCUUCACCCUGGAUACUCAAACAGGUCAAAACAACUUAAUAAUCUCAGAUGUGCGCAUUUCAGACUCAGCAACUUACUACUGUAUAUGUUCCUAUUUACACACAUCAACAUUUUCAGAGAGCAUUACUGUUGGUGUUAAAGAUUCAGAUUUGAACAUCAAGGCUGUGGUCCAACAAUCAGCUUCUGAAACCAUCCAGCCAGGAAGCUCUGUGACUCUGAACUGUACAGUAUACACUGGGACUUGUGAUGGAGAACACAGUAUAUACUGGUUCAAAGACUCUGAAGAAUCUCAUCCAGGACUCAUUUACACCCAUGGCGGCAGGAAUGAUCAGUGUGAGAGGAAUGCCAACAGAAGAACACACACCUGUGUCUCUAACUUGACAAUGGAAAGCCUGAAUGUGUCUCAUGCUGGGAUCUACUACUGCGCUGUCGCCUCAUGUGGACACAUACUGUUUGGAGGAGGAACCACGCUGGUGUUUGGAGAUGAGGCAAAAUCUCUUGUCUUGGUGUACGUCUUGAGUGGAGCAUUGACUUUUACCUCCACCCUGGUUUUUUUACUGGCUUUUCUUCUCUACAAGAUGAGCAAAAGAAACCACUUCAAAUCAGGUACUGGAAAAAACCAUGAUGCAGACAACCUCCACUACGCUGCUUUAAGCAUUAACCUGCCCAACAGAUUGAAAAGACAGAGGAAAACUCAGAAUGAAUGUGUUUACUCUAGUGUCAAGCAGUAG